AUGGUUGGCCUAGGGCCGAGUGAUCAAGGACGUGAUUCCUUUGAUGUGUGUAUGGUGGCACGUGAAAUUACACCGAGUGCGGUCGGCCGUGAGAGCACCGCACUGAAUGUCGGUAAUGAUAUUUUUGGCCAUAUGCCAUUUAGUGUGGGCGGCCGUGAGGGCACCACGCUUAACGUCGGUAAUGGCGUUGUUGGCGAUUCGCCAUAUAGUGUGGGCGGCCGUGAGGGCACCCCACCUAAUGUCAAUAAUGAUAUUGUUGGUGAUACGCCGUAUAGUGUGGACGGCCGUAAGGGCACCACACCUAAUGUCUGUAAUGACACUGUUGGCGAUACGCCGUAUAGUGUGGACGGCCGUGAGGGCACCACACCUAAUGUCGGUCAAGACAAAAGCUCUCGUGUAGAGCGUACUAUGGUUGGUAGUAACCGUGGGGACAAUAUUGUCCCGACCCCUAAGGGGUGUAAGGUCUCGAAGAGACAAUCGAGACGCCGAGUAGCAGCUGUAAAGCGCCAGGCGUCCUCAUAG